AUGCUGCCAGUAUUCCGGCCACCACCGGUGACUCCAAUGUCAAAUGUUGGGAAAAGCUUCUUUACCUCUAACCCCACUAAAACACUCUACAGAAACCCUAAUUUCAAUUCAACGCCAAUCUCCACCAUCACGCAAUGCCUCUCUUCGAUGGGCAUCAACCUCGCCGCCGCCUGUCAGAUUAUCGAUAUGGACCUAGAACUCAGUUCGGCCCUAAAGGCCCGAUUGAGGCCCACAUUGGAGUUUCUGGUUGAAUUCGGCUUCUUCGGCCCAAUUCAAAGGGAUGGGGCUGGGGACGAAUGCCCGACCGACGGCGAAUUUAGUGGUGCAGUAGGUAAGGAUGGUCGCACCGGAAUCUCCCACCCUUGCAGCGCCGGCGAGGAGGAGCUUUUGGCCGGGGAA